AAUUUUACUCAGCUUACUAGACUACUCAUACAUUUGACCAAGCACAAUGUUCUGUUUGAGUUCUGUUCAGAACACAUAGUAGUAAUAGACAAACUUAAAGAUACUGUUAUUAAUAGCCCUGCCUUAUGUGCUAUUAACUAUGAGUUAGACAUAGAGGUUAUUGUUACUGUAGACUCAUCUAUUAUUAGUGUAGGAUUCUAUCUCAGACAAGAACACCUUAACAGUUAUUACAAAGAAAUAUAUGUUAAACCUCCUCCAGGUAACUUAAUAGACAGAUUACAGAAUGGACAAAUAUUACAAUUACAAAAAGUGCUAUACAGAUUAAAACAAGCUGUAAAAGACAAACACUGGUGGCAAAUUCAACUGAGGAAGUUAGUAGUGGAAAUGGAUACUGUCUAUGUUAAGAGUAUGAUAAAUAACUCAGACCUACAGUCAAAUGCUACAAUUAACAGAUGGAUUGCCAGAAUCCUACUGUUCAACUUUGAGUUCUAA